CAAACACGCGCUGCGUUUUGAUCUCCCCUGAAACCAAAGGCUUGGCCUUUACAUAAAUCAAACAACACCCGAAAAAGAAGAACCUUCCUUCAAACGCCUCCUUCUCUUUUGUCUUCUUUCCCAAAGACUCAAACUUUAGGGCCUUAAUCAUCGAACCCAGCUGCCACAACCUCUGACUCUCCGGCGCAGUCGAAAUCCCACAUCCGAUUUCGCUUCUAUUGAUCCGGGCCUCGUCGGUUUGUGAUUUAGAGGCGUUUUAGUUGGUGCCCUAAAUCGGAGAUUAUGAGGAAAAGGGAGAGGGAGAAUCCAUGUGGGGUAUGUGGGCACUAUCACAAAUACGAGGAGGGAGAGGUGUGUGGGAUCUGCGGCCACCGUGUCCCCGCCGUCGCCGAGAAAACCGCGAUCCAAGUUAGCGCCUUUCCCUCGGUUAUUGUGCCCGAGUUUCUCUACCUCGGCAGCUACGACAACGCCUCUCGCUCUGAGCUUCUCAAGACUCAGGGCAUCUCUCGUGUUCUCAAUACGGUGCCUACAUGUCAAAAUCUUUAUAAGAACUCUUUCAUAUACCAUUACCUUCAAGAUGACAAAACUCUGCAAUUUGAGGAUGCAAAUCAAUUCUUAGAGCAAUGUGAAAGGGACAAAGUUCGUGUUUUAGUGCAUUGCAUGUCAGGAAAAAAUAGGUCCCCAGCUAUUGUAAUAGCUUAUUUGAUGAAAUCAAGAGGAUGGAGACUAGCACAGGCUUAUCAGUGGGUCAAAGAACGAAGACCAGCUGUUGAAUUAACUGAAGCUGUUUCCCGGCAACUACAGGAGUAUGAGGAGAAGAUCUUUGGGUCACUUGACACUACCAACCAAACGUUGGGAGCCUUCCCGCCUCUAGCUGCACCUUCAUUUGGCUUUGGUUUCCCCAAAGCUAGUGAUGGAGUUCCUAUCCCUGCAUUUGGCAAUGUGGGAGCUCCCUCCAUAUUUGCCAGACCAGCCUUAGAUAUCCCUCCACAGGAAUUUACAUUUGGUGCCGGGCAGAAUCAAAGUAAUAUCUCAGGAAGCCCGUAUAAUGCCAAUCCUCAUAAUCCAAAUGCUAGUGAUAUUUCUAUGGAUAAUACUUGAGAUUGCUGCAUUUAUACCCCUUUUGCAGAUCAACUGUCGGAGGGAAGGAAGUUAAGUGCUGACUCCAAUGAGUUUUAUAUUUGGAUGUAAAAUGGGAGCGACUCAUUACUUUCUUGACUUUCUAUGAAUCCUUGAUUCACAAUAUUUGAUAGGGUGUCUAAAAGUAUGAAUGGGUUAUCUCUGCUCAUGUUUUAGUUCUGUAAGUAGGAACAUUUUCUAAAUUAAUGCAUGAUCUAAUAGAGUUCGAUUACAGA